GUUUACCUAAUCAGACCUCGAAGGGAGAAGUUGAAGUCCAAGAUGGCUGCUGGAGACAACGGCGGUCGGGCCCCGUGCUUGAAUUUCCCUUCUCCCGGUCCGCUGGGUAACAGUCAGCCGAGUAACAGUAGCUACACUUUGGCAGCAGGCAACGGGGGAUCUAUCGGUGCGAGUGGAAGCUCACAGAGUGCGACAAGACGCUCAAACCCUCAACCAGGGCCUAACGGCUCCGAAAGCAGCGGUGUCGUCUCUGGGCUUCCGCCAAACAUGCGCAACUCGCUUCCGCAGGCCGUGGCGCAGGGCUCGGUGAUAGCAGGGGCGAUCGGGGGGUCGAUGGCGGCCGCAGUUGCGUCAAACAUGACCGGACCGGCGUCCAAUGCAGUUCCUGCCCCUGCAUCUCACUCCUCACUCUCUGCUCCUCCGGCUGCAGCUGCGGUUCUGGUUUACCGAGAGCCCGUCUAUAACUGGCAAGCGACCAAAAGUACCGUGAAGGAAAGAUUUGCGUUCCUCUUUAAUAACGAGGUGCUGAGUGACGUCCACUUUCUGGUGGGUAAAGGAAUGGGAGUACAACGCAUACCUGCUCACAGGUUUGUUUUGGCGGUCGGCAGUGCAGUAUUUGAUGCCAUGUUUAACGGAGGCAUGGCCACCACCUCCACAGAGAUCGAGCUGCCUGACGUAGAGCCCGCUGCUUUCCUGGCUUUGCUAAAGUUCCUCUACUCCGACGAGGUUCAAAUCGGACCAGAGACUGUGAUGACCACCCUGUACACCGCAAAGAAAUACGCCGUCCCGGCGCUGGAGGCUCAUUGCGUGGAGUUCUUGAAGAAGAACCUGCGGGCCGACAACGCCUUCAUGCUUCUCACACAGGCCAGACUUUUCGAUGAACCUCAGCUGGCGAGUCUGUGCCUCGAGAACAUUGACAAGAACACGGGCGAUGCUCUGGCUGCAGAAGGCUUCACAGACAUAGAUCUCGACACACUCGUAGCUGUGUUGGAGCGGGACACACUCGGGGUGCGGGAGGUUCGGUUGUUCGGAGCGGCGGUGCGUUGGGCCGAGGCAGAGGCUCACCGGCAGCAGCUGCAGCCCACACCCGAGAACAAGAGGCGCGUUCUGGGAAAAGCCCUCACCCUUAUCCGCUUUCCUCUAAUGACCAUAGAGGAGUUUGCAGCAGGUCCUGCUCAGUCAGGAAUUCUGACAGACAGGGAGGUGGUCAGUCUGUUCCUCCACUUCACAGUGAAUCCCAAACCGAGAGUGGAGUUCAUCGACCGGCCCCGCUGCUGUCUGCGUGGGAAAGAGUGCAGCAUCACGCGCUUCGCCCAGGUGGAGAGCCGCUGGGGAUACAGUGGGACCAGCGAUCGAAUCCGAUUCUGUGUAAACCGCAGGAUAUUUGUCGUGGGUUUUGGACUGUACGGGUCUAUACACGGACCCACAGACUAUCAGGUCAACAUCCAGAUCAUUCACACAGACAGUAAUACAGUCCUUGGUCAGAACGACACGGGUUUCAGUUGUGACGGGUCUUCGAGUACCUUUAGGGUCAUGUUCAAGGAGCCAGUGGAGGUUUUGCCCAACGUUAACUACACAGCAUGUGCUACUCUCAAGGGUCCCGACUCCCACUAUGGCACUAAAGGCAUGCGGAAGGUCACCCAUGAGUCCUCAGGAUCCGGCACCAAAACCUGCUUCACCUUCUGCUACGCUGCCGGCAACAACAAUGGCACUUCCGUCGAGGAUGGCCAGAUCCCAGAGGUCAUCUUCUACACAUAAUGACCACCAAGUUCUUCCAUAUUCCAGGGGCUUUUGGGCUGUGUUACAAAUAGCUCACUGACGUACUUCCAGUUUUGUUAACUAGUCUAGAACUGGGAAGAGCUGAACUUGGUGAGUAAUGUAGUGGACAGCGGAGAUUUUUUAGACUCCUACACUUUUAUCUGCACUUUCAAAAAAAGCUACACAGAGUUUAUCUGCGUGCUUACCGAAUUCGAGAAGGAGCCUACUUUGUUCGGUUUGAUUAGAAAAGAGCCCACAGGCUGUAAACUGUUCACCAGCAGGACCGACCUUGAUGCUGUUUAACUGGAGUGAAUACCUGUUAUUGCAUUUCCUGCUUUUAACAGCACAUUCAGCAUCUCUUAAAAUAGGUACAAAAACUGAGGAAAUGGGGUUUUUUUUUUUUAAAACUGGAUUAAAUCACAGACUCCGUGUAUGCCAGCAUGGGGAAAUAAGAUCCGGUUCCGAAGCGUUUCUAGGAUGCAGGGGAGUUCUGCAUGCUCAGAUUCUCUUAUAUUGCCGUGCCAAAACGUUGUGCUUAGAAUACCUCCUUCACAGCCAGUUAACUAGCGCUCACCUGUAACACUCAAAAACGUCUUCAAGCCCAGCGUACAGCUCUGUAGAUCAGUUUAGGAUCGAUCAUGUAAAUUAGAACAAGCAGAAGCCCGUCAAAGGUUCUCUGCUUUUUUUUUUGGGGGGGGGGGGGUUUAAUGUGUCAAAUCUCCCUCAUCUCAGUGCUCACUUACUUAUCCUAUAAUACAACGAGUUCUCAUGGGCCAUGGUAUAAACAACUGUUUCAAUAGACUGAUUGAUUGUUGAAAAAAAUUUUAUGUGACUCAAUUUCGUUCCUUCUUCACAUCAUACUACACACAACUACAGACUGGAUACUUUAUACUGGAUCCAUUACUCUUUGGUCUUUUUUUUUUCCAUGUUGUAACAGAAAAAGGUAAAAAGAAAAACAAGCACUAUUGGUUUAUUCAUUGUUGUAAUAACAGAAACUACAUUUCUGUUACGGACAUAAUUGAAACCUGAUCAGAUUCUAUUUCACCAUCCAUCGACACCUGCUCAUUAUUAACACGUCUGUAAGAUAACGCCGCUAUUAUUGUUUAUUAAACAAAAAUAAAAAGUGACGGGUAUCCGAACACCACGCAGCACAGACCACAUGUAAAGGACUGUUCCAGCACCAAACAUUAAUGUAGCUCUCGACAGGUUCAUGUUUAGAACUGUUAACUGUUCUUUGGCCUUUGUUUUGGUGAGAUUAAAAUCAGGGGUUUUUUGUUGUUGUUGUUUUUUUCCUUUCCCUCCUCUUCUAUAUAACCAGCAUCAAAUUGUACAGUACUGACAUCACCUCAUAUGUGCGUAUAAUGUUAAUAAAUUUAAAAAAAAGGGUGUUCAAUGCAAGUGUUAUUCUUUUUCUCUGAGCUGUCAACUGAUAUGUUCAUGAUUAUCCCUGCUUGGGAAUGGAGGGACAUGUUGAACCUAAACUGCACAGAAAAUGUGUUUGCUUGUGAUCUUCAUUUUCUAGAUGAAAAUAAAUGUUUGGUUUGGAAGCUGGACUGAAAGCAGCAUAAAUAAAGCUGGUCUGUAUUUAAAAAAAAAA